UUUCGAAAUGUCAUUUAUCUAACGCAGUCACACAAAGUAAAUGAGGCUAGUGCCUACAUUCGCGCGUUGAAGGGAGGAAAGAAUCCUAAUUGAAUCCCGAGCUAAUCUCUUAUCAAUCUCGCGUAUCCGUAUCCGUUGAUUGGUAUCAAUUGAUAUCGGCGCCCGUUCAGCAUUGAACAUUGAACCGCGCGCCUGCCAAUCGCGCAGACUAUCGUAUCGGAAUAGCGCAAUCAUAUCGGACAACGGCGACUGAUUUAACGAUAAAGGAUGAUAAAAAACGUUAUUCUGUGCAGUAGCCACGGCUGCCACGCGAUCAUUACGUCGGCUUAUUAUCGCGGAUCGCGAAUACCGCCGCGUCAGUAGAAGACGCGGAUCGCACAUGAGAUACAUUUACGCUUCAGUUUGACAGCUGCCGCAUCUGCAACUGUCUGCAACGCAGAGCUUCGUUUGUCGUCCAAGAACUACGGAUACACGAGAAUAAGUUGCGGAAUAGAUCUCGCAUAAUUGAAUUAUUAACGAAUAAUAGUGAAUCAAGUUAGUCCAAGUAUCGUUGCGCAUCGCUUCCUGUAUUUUAAUGUGAUAUCCUUGUGUUGUUGAUGAUCGUUGGAGUGACCUAUACACAUAUGUUAAGCGAAAUCUCGUAUUGCUUUUCCGCUCAUAUAACGCACAAUCUUUGUCCACGUGAGGAACGUGAAUAAUGCAUUUCGUCGUGUUUUUUGCUACGAUGCAUUUUCUAAUAGCAUAUUUUCUUUGAGCGACAUGGAGUGCGACACUUCCCUGUGAUUUACGAUUGUUAUUUCGGAUUUAUGGAUAUGAUAUGAUCAAUACGUAAGAGAUAAAACAUUUUGAAGACAAUUAUUAGGGAUCCAUGUAUAAUAAAUAUGUACUGACGUGUUCUGCAGCGUGUGGAAUCCUUGUUGCUAAGGUGACACUUGGUUUUGUCAUGCGGAAUAGAUCAGUCAGUAUAAUCUUUGGGUCCCUUGUCUUAUGGGCUGUGGCUACAUACUUUUUAUUUUUGGAUCAACAAUCAGUUGGCAAGGAUCAGGAUAAGGAUAAACUGUCAAAUCAAAUUAGCAGAUUGGAAAAACAAGUGAAACAACAGAUAAUUAUAAAUCAGGAGCUUCUUGAAGGAAUCAAUGAGAGUAAACGUCGUAAGAAAGAAUAUGAAAAAUCAAAUGCUGCCCAAUUACCAAUAAAUGAAAUUGAGACAGACAAGUACAAAAAACAAGGAGUCAACAAAUUUGACAGCAUUUUGUUGCAAAAGAUUGAGAAUAACAUUGAUCAGAGAAAAUCUAAAAGUGAACAGAAGCCAACACAUGAUACCAUCUUAUCUACAGAGGCAACUCACGAGAGCACUACUCUAAAGCAAAAACUACCUGAUGGAUCUCCAAUAAUAGCUGUUUUAGUUGUUUCUUGUAAUCGUAUUACGGUAGACCGGUGUUUAAACCAAUUAAUAAAAUUAAGACCUAGUAAAGAACAAUUCCCAAUAGUUGUAUCGCAAGACUGUGAUCAUCGACAAACUGCUGAUGUCAUAGCAAGAUAUGGAAACCAGUUACUACAUAUAAAGCAACCUGAUCAAUCUGAUAUUGAAAUACCACCCAAAGAAAAGAAAUUUAGAGGAUACUUUAAAAUCGCACGUCACUAUAAAUGGGCGUUAAAUCAAGUAUUUGUAAAGCUUGGAUAUAGUACUGCAAUUAUUGUUGAAGAUGACUUGGACAUUGCUCCAGACUUUUAUGAGUACUUCCUGGGGACUUAUCCCCUAUUAGUAAAUGAUAGCUCUCUAUGGUGUGUGUCUGCGUGGAAUGAUAAUGGUAAAGCUGGCUUGGUGGAUGAGCAUGCGCCACAUUUACUUUAUAGGACAGAUUUCUUUCCUGGCUUGGGUUGGAUGCUCACGCGCGAUUUAUGGUUGGAGCUUGCAUCAAAAUGGCCAAAAUCAUAUUGGGAUGAUUGGAUAAGGCAGCCUGAACAGCGAAAGAAUAGAGCUUGCAUCCGCCCGGAAAUAUCGCGAACCAGGACAUUUGGCAAACUCGGAGUUAGCAAUGGCUUAUUCUUUGAAAAACAUUUAAAAUACAUCAAGCUGAAUGAACAAUUUGUGCCUUUCACCAAGAUGAAUCUAUCCUACUUGCUAAAAGAUAAUUACGAUAUAGCUUUCGUCAACCAAGUAUACCAGUCAACAGUGGUUAGCUAUACAGAAUUGAAGAGUGGAAACAUAGUUGCUCCUGGUCCAGUACGGAUACCUUAUUACACUCGUCAAUCGUUUAAAAAUACCACCAAACUGCUUGGUUUAAUGGACGAUUUCAGGAGCGGUGUACCUAGAUCUGGAUAUCGUGGCGUGGUGACAUUUUUCUAUAAUGGGAGGCGUGUGCAUUUAGCACCAAGUGCAAACUGGAGUGGUUACGAUAUUACAUGGAGCUAACACAUGAUAAUGCUUUACAGAGACUUGUAGAUUGCAUAAGAAUAUUGUGCAUUUCUUCUUUCAUAUUCGACAGAUUAAGUGAAUAUAUUGGUUGAGAUUAAGUGACAAUGAAAUAUGUAUUUAUGACUAUGACGUACUGCUGUAUAUUCCUCAGAAUUAUAACCGGUAUUACAUUUUUCGUGAGACCGGUUUUAAAUGAUCUUUCUUGCAGAAAAUGUGACAUAUUUCAAUAGUAUAUAUAUAUAUAAUGGUAUAUAUAUAUAUAUAACGUAUAUAUAUGUAUUUUUCAAAAAUUACAUCCAUUGUUUUUUGAAUGACUGAUAAAGAGAAUUAUUGUCAAUGUAAAAUGGAUCAUGCCUCAUGUAUAUAAAAUGCCGCAGUAAUAUUGACAAAGCAAUACUAUUUUGAUUAGUUACUAGGCAUCUUCCAAAACGAGAAUGUGUUGAUAUAUUUUUGCUCCUUUUAUGACGAUUAGUUUUGUUAUAAAGUUAUGUGACAUAAAGUAAUGAAAUAAUUUUAUCGAAAAA